GUUUAAAUAAUAUUUCACGUCGAUGCGCGUCGAGCGACUUUUGUGGGCCAAGAGGCGUCCAUAGCAGUCCAACGUUCGCGCUCAGGUGUUCUCGGUUCAAGGACAAUGCGAGGAUCGUGAAAGGUCACGCUUUUGGUGCCGGUUCGCUCGGUCACGUGUCCGCGGCACUCGGCAGUCAGAUCGAAGUCCGUGGAUCGGCCAAAAGCGAACCGUAUCGUGAGAACGAUGCAACGAUUCGACGCAGGUCGCCCGUUCGCAGGCUGCACGUGGGUGCAUCCUGGCCACUCGAGACGCAAUGAAAGCAGAAUCCCCCAAGGCUUUUCGUUUUUUCUACCUAAAUCUAUGUACCACAUACGACGCUGUCGCGGAGGAACAGGCUUUCUAAUAAACAUAUUAUAUUAUUGCCGGCUGGCAGUGACGUUCGUAUCGUUGACCGUCAUUAUCGUGCGCGAUAUACCGUGGUUAUAAAGGCGCGUUUCUCUUCCACUUAACCGGCUCGAUUCCAAUAUACAUUCGUACCCGCUGCCGUACACCAUACCGCGGCCGUUCGAGACGUAAUUAGUAUAUUUCAAGUAAUCCUCGUCCGAUGAUCAUUCAAAAGCUCGCGCGCGACGCGAGCCGGUUCGGAGAAAUCAAACGCGACGCGCGUGUUGCACGAACGACAAAAAUUUCGCUGCCGCGGAAAUGGCAGUUUCAACUGCCGGGACCCGUUUGUACAGACAGAAGAGAUUGCAUGUCGCAUGUUCCACCGACUUUUAAGCUGUGCUGCUCCUAGAGACGGCGAUUUAGCAUUUCUCCGUCAAGGAAUUGGUACGAGACUGGGCGCCCCUGGUGUGGCUGGCACCUGGCGAACUGUUCCUGCCGCUCGGGGUGCCUGACUUCCUCGACAACAUGGAGCCCGACGACGACUACCUUCGCACCAGAGUCGACGUAGAGGAGCUGUUGGGCAACCGGUCCUCGUUCCUGUACGGCCGGAAGCCGACGGAAUCGGUGCCGGUUUACGCGCUGAUCAACAAUUGCGAGGCCGCGGACGCUCCCGUGGACGCCGCGAGCUCGAACACCGUGCGAUCGGCCAGGAGGUCGCGGAGAAAGGGGGGCGAGGGCUGGGCGCCGUCGAGGAACUCGAUCCAAAACGAUUUCGGGUCCCCGACAAUCCUGGCGAACAAUCUUCCGGGGAAAGCGUGGAGGAGCGAGCCGAAGUCCGGCGGCGAGAAAAUCGUGGAUUUCGAGAAAACGACGAAAAAAAGGACCAGGUCCCGGAAACUGCGCUUUCACGUGACCUAUUGGAUGUUCUAUCCGUUCAGCGAGGGAAAGGCAGUCUGCGUUCUGGAUCUCGGAUUUUUUGGUACCUGGCCGAUACCCACCGUAGGCGGCAUGUGCCUGGGCAUGCUGAAGGAGUACGGCAACCACGUGGGCGAUUGGGAACACAUGAGUCUUUAUUUCAAGGACGCCAAUUAUCCUUCGGCGAUGUACGUGUCCGCCCACGACGCUGGCGCGUAUUAUAGAUACGAUCUGCGGAGCGGCACGUUCGUCUACGAGAGCCAGGAGACGCGAAAGGGCAUCUUCCAGAAACCCAUAUUCCCAGAAAGGGUAUUCACCGCUGGCGGUUCUCAUCCAAUACUGUUCAGCGCGCGCGGAUCCCACGGACUCUGGACAGCACCAGGAAAGCAUAAGUUCGUCAGGCUGCCCCGUUUGUACGACGAGAGCGGCUUUGGAACUGCCUGGCCUACGUGGAAGAAGAUAGAGCUGCUCCUCAAGGAAGAGAACAGCAUCCUGCCCGGCUGGAUGAGCUUCAGGGGAAAGUGGGGUAACCCGAAGAGCAACUGUCAUCCCUUGGCCAGACUUGGCUUCAAUAUUUGCGAGUUUGUCGAUGGACCGACUGGUAUUCCUAUGAAGAAGACUAGCUUCCGGUGCUGACAAUGAAUCCCCGCAUUUACUAGGUGUGUCUUUGCGGGUAUUGAAAAUUAAGUGGACUUGUCUGACAAGGGAAGGAGCCCAACUUCAAUUUUAACAAGCCUUUGCAAUCCGAUCAGUAACUCAUGAUCGAUUAAGAAGAUUGUAAAAUUAGUUCCCGAUUCGUGAAUUAAAAGUUGUUUGUAUCUUGUAAAUUGUCAGGUAAUUAUAACAGUAGAAAGAUGCAAAGACUGGUUAAAAUCGGAGUCCGACAGAGAGUUCUUUCCCUUAUGAGCAUCACCGUGUAUAGUAACAGCUAGGGAUGCUUCAUUCAAAAUGGUGCUACCUACUACAUUAGUAUAUUCACGCUAGCAAAGGUUGGUCGAAAAACGUUGAUCAGAGCUUAAAUUAAAAAUCGACAGAGUCCGAUAUGCAAGAUAAUCGUUUAAUAAAACGCCUCGUUCGUCGUUAAAUUCGUUCAUUUUUCAGUGAUUGGUUCUCGGCUUAGCAAAGAUUUAGAAAAACAGCGUCGACGCUCGCGGCUUCGUAAUUGGUAUUUGAUUAGUGGUUCGUAAAGCCUACGCUCGAUGUAAAAUGAUAGUAAAAUACAAUCUGGCUUAUUAUAAAUAGAUUCGUGAGUGGAUAUAUCGUAGAUAUAGUAUAUAUACUUUAGGCAAUACGUGAUACGUCUCGUUGAAGAAGUUAAUAGUAGGUGAUCGCGAUACUUAGCGGUAAUUACAUAUCUCGGUGUGAUCCAUCGGAAAGGCCGAUCAGAGGAACACAUUAAUUUUCCUAGAUCGUAAGGGUCGUUUCUGUAAUAGACUUCUGCGACAUCGACACGACAGAACAACGGGGUUGUGAAAAGCUCGUCGGUGAACGCUGCGCACUUGAUUCGCAAAAGUUAUACCGUGCAGUUUGAAGGUGAAACAGCGGAUUGCAUUAGGCUCGUCUUGGGCGUAUCCUACGUUUUAAAGAUAAAGAGUCAUGGUAAACGUGAUUGCUUAUAUCGACUAAUUAUAGCCAUUCCCUGAUCACCGACCAAAACACACUACAUCGAUUAGGCCGUCCCCUGUUGAAUGCUUCAUUGCCAACCGGACGCGCGAUUUUCCUUCACGAACCUGACCGCUGGCUUCCGUUCAAGGUUGGUGUUGGCCGUGCGAUCUCAGGUAUUCUUUAAUUUUUGUACCCAGCACCUGUGAAAAAAGAACAACUCGACUCUUAGAUAUGCGGAAAAUAUCAUUACGUUACGCGAGAUCUACUCGGAGACCUCAUCUUCCUCCGGCCUCUCCACACCGAUGCUGUGAAUGCCGUUCCUCAGCAACGGGGUGCCCUUGUCUUUCGCUAAGAUACGUGAACUCAGCUGGAUUUUCAACGGGCUCCCGGACUUGCAGCAGCUUAUUUGCACCUCCUCUUUCAGGAUCUUCUCCUUGUGGGCUAGGAACUCUAUUUUCAACCUGUUACAGAGGAAGAUCCUUGAAAACUUCUUAACCACAACAGUUUUGACUGUUUUAUGUUAUUCAUGAAGUACAUUGAUAAAUGUCUUACUUUAAGCCAUCUUUCUCUUGUCCAAAAUCAACGAUGUGACAAUUGGGGUUCUUCACUCCAACAAUUAUGGCUGGUGCUAUGGCUUUUCCUUCGCUGUGCUGACAUAUAUUCCAAGGGAUUAGAAAUUCCACAAGAUACCUGUACAGAAAUUGGGAUCAUGUUAAACUUAUGGUUAGUAUUAUAAAGAUAAUGAAAUAAAAGGGGUAAGAAUUUUGUUUGGGCGUGUUACCUGUGAUGAAGCUGUAAAAAUCCGAGAUACGCGUCAAUUUGUCCAUGUCGUUGUGGUUGUAUCAUAAUAUUGUUGUCUUUUACGAGACUGCUUCCCCCACUGAAGUGCACGUGAUGCUCUGAAAAAAAUUUUGUUAUUAGGGAACAAAUUUUUCUUUAAUUUUGUAACAUUUAAUAUUAAAGUAAAAAUUGUGUUCGAGCAUGUAAGUAAUAAUUUUCAUCACUUUCAAAUGUAUAGAGAACGACGAAAAAAAUAAGCUAAUUCGAAUUAGCGCAGGAAAACUAACUCGUCAUUCCUGGAAAGUGCUAUUUGUGUUUUUCGUUAAUGCACUUACUGGAGAUAUGUACUGUCAGAUAUAGAAUUCAUUAAUACGAGUUGGCAGCUAAAAAUUAAGCGAAACGAUCUGCGUUUGUUUCGGUAUUUGUCGUAACAAUGCAACUGAAUAGUUUCCUACACCAUUGUAGAUUUAAUUAAACUAUUAAUUAGAUUAUUAUUUUUAUCAAUUAAAAUUACUUAACGUUACUGCGUAAAUACCAGAUCUCUAUCAUCUAUCAAAUAAUAUUUCGAUAUAGACAAAUAAUUAUAAAAGAAUGAUAAAAUAAAAUUGUAUUACUAGUGUUUUAAAGAAUGAAAUUCAUUAUAAUCAAAAA